AUGUUCCCACAAAGACAUAGCUUUAGUGGCGGUAGCGGGCUAGAACACAUGUUGCAGCUCCCAUCUUCUUCUCCUAUGCAAUUUCCAACCCCAAUGGAACGAUCAAGUUCAAGGUGGAAACCCAGCAUUGAGAUAGCUCCCAAUUGCCCUCGUUGCGCUUCCACAAACACAAAAUUCUGUUACUACAACAACUACAGCUUGUCACAGCCAAGAUAUUUCUGCAAAGGUUGCAGGCGCUACUGGACCAAAGGUGGCUCUAUCCGGAACGUGCCGGUUGGCGGUGGCUGCCGCAAAAACCGCCGCGGAAAGCCGGCGAGGCACACGCAAAGCGAACGCCUUUCCAUCCAUGGGAAUUCUGGUUCUGAGAAUAGAGAGUCAUCAUCAUCAAUAGGUGAUGGUGAUGAACCCAACCAAACCAACGGGUCACGUGAUAUAGACAUGGCCCUUGUGUUUGCCAAAUUCUUGAACCAAAACCCAAGCUCUGGUACUGAGGAAUUUGAGAGUGAGACUAAUAAUGGAUCAUCUUCUUCAAACAAUUUGUCAGCUUCUUUGACUACUCCGGAAAGCGUUGAAACUGAGAAUGAUGCAGUAAUCCAGCCUCAGAAUCAGAAUCCUUAUGAUGAAACAAUUGAGAAUUUUGGAGGGGAGGAAUUGAGUUUAAGUGGGAUUGAUGAAUUGGAAGGGUUUCUGGGUGUGGGUGGUGCUGAUGAAGAUGUGGUUCAAGAUGUUCUCUGGUCUGAUGCUGCUGCUGCUACGGCUACCAUGUCAUCUUGGCAACCAUCCAUGAUGCAAAUGCAGUUACAAGAGUUGGAGUAUUCGAUGCCAUUGAAUGAUGAUGAUGAUGGUCAAUUGUUACCCAUUAAUUCUACCAUGAAUUUAAUUAGCGACAGUUGGAGUACUUGGAGUUCCUUUGAUCUUUCAACGAUGGAACUCUUCUCAUCAAAACCUUAA